GCGAGUCAAAGCUUUCUCCCUUUUGUCGCUCUCCUCUCUUGGUUGCGGUGAGCAAGCUCGACAUUGGAUUCGACGGGCGCGCCUCGUGUAAAAGGCUUCCCCAUAUUGCAUGCUUCCGCUGCCAUCGUCGUCGAAGAGCAUGUGUGGGUCAUGUCGAAUCCAUGGCACACAGUCAAGCAGGGCGUGACUUCGAGCUCGCACGCCAAACAGCGUCUCGAGGCGGUACCAGACGCAAAGAAUGCGAGGGCCCAGAGCCAUCGGUUCCUCUUUUUCAAUGUCAACGCUUUCGGAUCCGGGUCGAGGAGGCGGCUGGAUGCGACGCCAGGUGGCCUUGUGAAACGCGACGGGCCCAGCAGCGAGGAGUCGAGGGAUGGUGUCGCCCUGGAACUCGUGCAGGUCCGUGGAGGCGCCCAGCUCGCUCUGCUGACCUUCGAGGCACCGGCGUUAGAUGGCGCACUCGUGCAGCAAGCCCUUGCCCAGCCUUGACUCGAGCGGGCUCAUUGUCGCAUCGGCCGGUGUCCGCUCACCACCGCGGUCUCCCUUGGUGCAGACGACCUCGUUGGUCUCGGCAAUGGCCUCCUCCCAGACUUGGCCAAAGACGGCGCGGUCGUCACUCUUGCUGUCCUUGCGCCAUCGGUGGAUGAUCUCAUGGUCCGUCUCGAUCCGCAGCUGUCUAAUGCUGAGGGAGACGGCCACCCAAAGCAGAGAAUUUCCUCGCCAGCGCUUCAGCCCAUCUAAUAGAGGAGUGUUAGCUGCAACGUAGUGUCUUUUUCUUGGCUCACGAGGGCGCUCAAAUCAAGCAUCAGUGAUGAUGUUUUGAGUCCACUUGAAUUGGGCCAUGUCAUGGCAUUGAGCAGGUGUCCAAGAAUGACGACUCGGCCUGAAGUGUCUCGCUGUCGUCUGU